CUCCUGACAACAUGUUGUUUGCCAAAGGUACCAUUUUCGCACUUGUUCAAGCUUUUUCCAUUGCUGCUUCUUCGGGAAGUGAAGGCUUGACAUUGAAAGCCCUGCGUGGGGGGAUGCAGACAACAAACCAGAAUAACCCUAAGGAGACGACUGGAAACAAAUAUCAACACCGUCAUCUCGUGACGCAAUUGUUUGAAAGAAGCUGGCAGUGGGGCAACCGAGGUGGAUUCUUUGAUGCCGAGCUCGAUGACUACCCAGCAGCCCCAUCCGACAGCUUCGUCAUUUGCGCCUUUGUUGGGGAGGCAACAGGAGGAUGUGAUUUUGCUGCAGAUGUAGGAUCAGGCAACGGCGAAGAACGCUGUUCAGUGAGGGUUGGUGAAGGAGAAGGUGCCUUUGAAAGAUACUGCAGCUUUACAGUUUCCAAUGAGGCUCACCUCGAGCUUGAACUGGACCCAGACUGUGUUCGUGGUUCUUCUACCGACUCUGGUACCUCAACCACUGUAUCCUGUGCUGCUGACACUUUAACUGAAAUUUCUUCCGGUACAGACUUUGAUUUUACAUUGGAAUACCUUUCUGAACAAGUCAAGUACUUCCUCUUGCCUGGAACUGAUGCUGGUAUGGUGGUUACUUGUUCUGUCUCUGAGGCUGGAAAUGACGAAGGAGACACUGUUGAUAUUGACCUGAAGGUUCAGUCUCGUGGCACAGGAAGCGACCAAUGCAGCAGCUCAUCUUCCAGCACUGGUGUAGAAGAAUGUUCCAUAGAGAUGACAACAUCUGCCGAUGUUCUCAUUACUGCAACUGCAGCAGAGAUGCCAGCUACUUCCACCUUUCCCGUCACUCUGCAUUGCGAUGUUGCUACAAAAUCUCCUACUAUUUCCCCCACCACUUCUCCCACUGAAACACCAACCAAGCACCCCACAGGAACCCCAACACAAGCACCCAGCAGUUCUCCUUCAGUUAACCCAAGCAAGAUGCCAUCUGUUGCUCCCACUCAGCAUCCCAGCAUAGAUCCAACUGAGCCCCUAAGCGAAAACCCCUCAGCAUUCCCCAGCUCACUGCCAAGUAUUGCACCAAGUCUGGCACCUUCAAUAUCACCCAGAAUUGCACCAAGUUCAAAGCCAAGCAAUGCCCCUAGCUCGCUUCCAUCAGAUUCACCAAGUAUUGCCCCAACAGAUAAACCAAGUGACUCGCCUUCUCAGAAUCCUAGUCAUUUUCCUUCAAUCCAGCCAAGUAAGUCACCCUCGGCGAGUCCUUCCCAGAGCCCAAGUGAAGACCCAAGCAGUGCCCCCAGUGGUAGACCCUCAGGAUCUCCCAGCUCCAAGCCAAGUACUGCCCCAAGUGUAGUCCCCUCAGUUACGCCAAGUGUUGUGCCAAGUACUACACCAAGUGUGGCACCUUCUCACUGGCCAAGCACUUCACCUUCUGUUGGACCAUCCACACUCCCCUCCAGCUCUCCGUCUGCUGAAGACUGCAGUGACAGCCAAAUUCUGUGUGCUGACAAUAAAGUUCCUGUUUGCCGGAUCAAGACAACCAAUCUCAAAACCUUGUGUGUGCCAUUUCAAGCUGCAGCAUCUCUCAUCCUUGAUGCAGAUGCUAAAUGUGGCUGCUGCUCUUUUGCUGACGAGUCUGACCGCCCAGACAACUGCCCCUCCUAAUUUUGCAGCUUAGUAUUGAACCCCAAAACAAAAGAUAAGAUGAGCAUUGCUAGACAGACAAGUAAAAGAAUGAAGUAGGGCUGGAUUAUAUUGGAGG